AUGAAUGUGCAAUACCAGGCCUUCACGCCCCCUCACCUUUUGAACAACACUCGCCGCUCCCCUACCCGCAACAUCUCCUCCCUUUCCUCGACCAUGUCUGGCCGCAAGCGCAAAGCCGAGGACGAUGGAAGCGCCGGCGAUGACGACCGCAUGAGUGCAUCGCCAUCCGCCUCUCCCGCCGUCCUGCCCCGACCAGCGCCGCGUGGCAUGAAGCGCAUGCGCACCAAUAUCUCGGGGCGACCACUCCCGCUCCCUCGCCUCCUCGAAACACUCAGUCCUGACGACAUGCGAAACUUGCUACAGUCCAUCUGUCAGCGCCACCCUGACAUCAGCAACGAGAUUGUCACAACCGCCCCGCGACCCAGCAUACAGUCGACGCUGGAGGUCUUGGCCAAGUACGAAGCCUCGUUCCAGGCAGCCUUCCCCUUUGGCGGCCGAGCCUCGUCAGACUACGCAUACAACCGGGUACGACAACAGCUCGACGAGUUACUAGACUCUCUAAAGGACUUUACGCCUCACUUCCUUCCACCCAACGAACAGCAGCCUGCCACCUCCCUAACCUUCCUUGAUGGCGCCACCAACAUUAUCCACCGACUCCCCAACUGGGACACCUUUCAGCACAACCGACACAAGCAGGAGGCAUACGAGGAGAUGGCCAAGGCUUGGGCAAUGGUCAUCCAGGAAGCAGCCAAGAAGGCUGGCGGAAUUCAACUGCAAUAUGGCGGAUGGGAUGAGAAGAUUGCAAAGCACAAUGAGAUCUCGGGCGGAAAGAUGCAGGAAGCCGUCAACGAGCUGCGAGGGGGUCUGGGCUGGAUGGGUGCAGAGACGUCCAACUCUGCAGCCGGUGCACCCGCAGACGCCAUGUCUAUCCGACAACAGCUUUUGAGUGGUAACUACGGUGCCGGUUCGCCCGCAAGCAUAGGCGCCUGGUAG